CUAGGUCGUGGUACGAAUCGUGAAUAUUUUUUUUUCAUCUAUUUACGUAGCUUUCCGUCCUAUCGUCGUUCGCUGCUAGAAUCCGCGAAGACGUUUCUCUCGACCUUGGUACGAUUUGGGAUAUUAUUGAUGAACUAUUUGAAAUGGGAUUCCGCACUUAGAAGAUAAAUCGAAAAGUGGAUUAACGAUGGGUUAUUGUUAUGCUCCUGUUGUUUCCUACAUCAGAGGCACAAUGUCGCCCACAGAAGCAGCGAGACAUAAUCGCAGCAACAAGCGAGUCUCGGAAUCGCGCCAACCGUUGUACCGUUUUGCUUUCUACCAGAUACCUUGAGGAAUUAAUGUUCCAAGUACCGGGAACUUCGAACUGAGCGAAACUGUAUGACGAGGCUAGAGCGUGCAAAGAUAGAACGGCGCUGCUGAUCUCCUCCGGCUUCCCAGCCUCCCCGCCAUCCUCGAUGUCUAUCGUUGUCCCCCUGAGAUGAUCGCAUCCUGCGACGAUACACAAUAAGAAGAUUUCUCCUAAUGUCGAGAUAAUUUAACGACAAGUGGGACUCGAAUUGCUCUAUUUGUUAGAUUGGAUACAGAUCCAAAAAGGUUUUGGUGGAUUCAUCAACGUUCCAGACGUUCCUGGAGCGAGACGGUUCCUGGCGGCGCUGCGUGGCGCGACCUCGAGGAAUUUUGCGAGCCGAGAGCGCGUUUUAUUAUAAUCAGUUGUAAAUAUUAUCAGUUGGCUACGGCACGUGCCCAGCUCGUUUAACUCCUUCGGCGAAAAGUCAGCCGAUGAGAAUUCUCCUUGGAUCUGGAUGCUGUUACGGGCGAUGCUCUGCGAGAGGAUAGAGAAGCCGAGUGGUCUAUCUAUAUCGAUAGCGAUAGCUACCAGAAGAUCCUAGGAAGGUCGCUCAAUGGAAAGACGAUCAGAUGGAUGGAACGGAUGGAACAGAUUGAUUUUGUUGGUGACGGAUUCUUGGUUUUACGUACGUAUUGCGGCUUGAAGACACUCGACCGCCACUUAAUGGAGGAUCUUCGUGUUUCGUGUUGUCUAAUCUUGGCCCUGAGGUCAAUUGAGAGCAGGAAGAGAUACUCUUGCGGGUCCGUGAUGGCGAAGGAGGAGACGUACGUCAGCGGGAGACUCUGCGGCAGCGUCGACGACGGGAACGACGACGACGAACGUCGACGCCAGAAGGCGCCUAAGAGCAUCGGUAUUUGGCAAGCGGCUUUUCGACGUUGGCCACAGUGCGUUAGUCGGUCCCUAGGUACGCCCGAGCUUCCACCUAGCCUAUGACUUGGGUCCGUCUGAUCCUGAGAGCGAAGAAACGAAUAAGCGAAGAAGCGAGUGGCCGUAGAUGAGGAACGGGAACGGGAAAGGGGAGCGUAAGCGGUUCAAACACUGACAGAGAAGGAGAGGGACGCUUUUAGACACGGAGCGUCCACGACGACGUCGCGCUGCCCUGAGCAGUAGUCGCGUACCUUAGCCAGCUUCCACCUUACCGGCUCGCGAGUUACACGGCUCCGCGGACUCGGUCUCGCCUCUCCUUUCCUUGGACAUUCCUUGGGAUAACGCCCUCGCGAUCGGCGACCUUAGACUCUCUUGAACUGCGACAGGGUCUCUGACGUAAGGAGGUCAAGGAAGCAGCCGGUACCCACCUUGAUUUCCACAGGGGAUCGAGGCACCCUGGAAGGUGAAGAGACGAGGAAGUAGCUGAAGAGUGCAGAGUGAAGGGUACUGAGUGUAAAGUGCAAGGGUGCGAAGAUCGUAUGUCCGGGACUGUGUCGGGAUGCUGGGAGAGCUGAUUACGGUGUUGGGUAGUGAAAGGUAGUGGUGACGGUGACGGUGCUGGCGGAUCCGACGCCGUCGGUACAAGUGCUUGUAGUGGAUCGUGUCCGUGACUGGUGGUUCUGGUGGCUGUGGAAGUGGCGGCGAUAACGGGAUCAAACUACUGGAAUGAUAGGAGGUGGCCAUCGGACUGUGCCCGAGGGUCCUCGUUAAGGAGAGGCCGAGAGUAGUGGGUCCAGGUUGACGUAAACGUCCACGAAAGUGGUACGUGUGGCAAAGCGGGAGGACGGGGGCGCAACGAUGGCGGAGCGUCUUGGCGCCGCUGGCAGAAGACGCUCCCGUCGAGAUAGCAAUGAGGCCGGAAGUUCCGCCCGGGUAGCUCCCCCUGCCUCCAAGGACAAGAGGACCAAACGCUCGACCAAACCGACCAAGGAACGAUGGCUGCUCACGCGGAAAACGUGGCGCUACAUGGCCGACGCAGGGCGAAAACUCAUUCCAGAUGGCGUCCACAAUCGUCCGGAAGACAUACCCAAGAUAGAGCAGUACUUUCAGGAAGUGUGUCAGAAGGAGCCAAAGUUCCUUUUAUGGAGGAAGGCUUCUUAUCCUGGUUCGGUAGGCCUUCGCUCGCAUGGACGUCGAAGGCAUUUAAAAGGCGGAAGCUGUCGGGUCAAGGCAAGUUCAGCUGACGAGGCUGACGAUGUCAGGGGUCCGACUCCGUCCUUUCUGCUUCAAGCCACUUCCGGUGGUAGGUUCGACGUUACCAAGAUGAAGCGGGAAUGGCUAUCCGGGGCUGGUGGUCCAGGUACUGGGGGUAGUACCCCGACGACUCCUGUAGCUCAGAGAAAAGUCAUCCAGGAAGACACGGAGACCAAAGCCCUUGCCGAUAUGCUUCAAAAGUACUUGAAUAUGCAAGGAACGUCCGGUGCUGACUCUACUUCCACGUCGGCGCCAAGACCCACUCCGGAUACUAAUUACCUUAGCAAAUCAUCCGAACCGUUUGAUUAUCAGAAUCUUAUUGACAAAUUGCAACAGCAUCUAGAUCUCAUUAUGGCGCCGGGACGCCGGGAAGAAACUCGAGAUUACGGUAGCGAGGUAGGAGUACCAAAGUCCAUGCUACCUUACCAGGGUGACUACGUUCAUAAAUCCUUACUAGAGACACUCAGCAGAUACUAUAGCAAGUCCCCGAAUAGGGAACACGUAAUUUCUGAUAUACUAACAGACAGAAAAUUGUUAGAGAAAUUGUACUUUGACCUGCGCUGCACCAGAGGAUUCAGAGGUCCAAGGGCGACCGGAGCAUACACUUCGCCAUCCGGUCACUGGCGAGGACUUCCGCGUAACCGUGCAGGUGGGACCUCAGCUCAGAAAGAUAGCAGCGACUGGACGCCUCGAAGGAGGGAUCUGACUUCGCCGCCUCCCUUAAUCGCUGUCCAGGGACCUAGUACCGAUCGCGGCCCCGUCGACGAUGGGACCCAAACAGAUCCUGUACCACGUUUAGUCUUAGAAUCGUUACUCCUCGAGAAGGAACGUGAAAGAGAGGAUUCUGUAAAAGCGUCUGACCAAGUAAAAGGCGCUGCGGGUCGUCGAAGAAGUAGCGUCGACAAUGAUGACGUCUCGCCGUCAGUGAGCGACACGAUAAAGAGAUACCUCAGGAUGGCGCGAAAGAAGUCGAUGGACGCUGACAGAGUGGACAGAUUCCGUCGCGUGAACUAUGACAGAAAUUUGCGGAACAUACGUGCCAAGGGAGAGAUCAGUAAGCCGGGCGAUGACGAGGGUAACAGUAAGGGUUGUCAGACCGAUGAUAACUGGAUGGUGAACUAUCGUGAAAUGUCGGAAGGCGGCGAGAAUCUCUCGGACGCGGAAACGACGUCGCCCGGAAGUCGAAAUGCGAGUUCGCGCAGUAGCAUUGAUGCCGGCCUAGGCUCCGAGGAGCCACCCUCGACCCCCAAGCAACAUCAGUCCUUUCUGUCCCAUCUCCUUCACGGUUCCAAUGCGAAUAAGGAUAAACCUCACUCGGCACCCGGUUCACCAGCUCUCACGUCAUCCAAUUCCGCAGGUGGCUCCACGAUGCAGAAAAGCAAGUCGUCCAGCAGCGUGGUGCAUCAUGGGAGUAGGCUCGUCGCCAAGAAGAUCUGGAGAUCCAGGAGUAAGAGCACCUCCAGGGUAUCGAAUCAACCGUCGGUCUGGACGCCCCAGGGUAAGUGCACGUGGGCCGGCGCUAGCGGACGUAAAGUGACGCUCCAGGAUACGCCGUUACGCGUCCUCUCCGACGUGGAACGUAAAGUCCUUUGUCAAGUAGCCGUAGCGAAGCUUCAAGCCCUAAAUCUUGGCGUACACAUCAGGCCUCCUAACGAGACACUCGGUGGAUCGGUCACUACAAAGCCUAAGAGACGAGCUUAUCUUCUCAAGAGAAAAGCACUGACCACAGGAUUUUUUGAUAACAAGGGCAAGGAUGACAAGGAUAAGGAAUCCGCUGGUGGUCUGGUAUUUGGAAUUCCGCUGUCGCAGUGUCUGGAGAACGACAGACUAGCGAGAAUCGCCGCCGGGGAGGUCGUCGACGUUGGGAGUCUGACAAGGAGCAGCAGACACGGAAGCCGGACGAGUUUUACCAGCCUGAUCGAGACGCCAUCAAGCGUCGCAGCUAAAACGGAAGAGGGUGGCUCCUCCGAAUCCUUGUCAUCGAAAGGUGGCGGGGCUCAGACCGGAAGUGACUCUGGAGGAUUGGAAUUGAGUGACAGUGGAGGUGGAGGUCCUCCUGGUGAAUGGGACGCAGUUCCAGGAAUAGUGCAGCAGUGCAUCAAGCAUCUGGAGGCUACCGGAAUGCACACCCUGGGUGUUUUCAGAGUCUCGCCCUCGAAGAAGAGGGUGAGACAAUUAAGGGAGGAUUUUGAUUGCGGCAGAGAGACCAGAAUUGGACCGGAUCAGUGUCCGCACGACGUUGCGGCGCUUCUCAAAGAGUACUUCCGGGACCUUCCCGAUCCUUUACUGUGUAGAGAUCUCUAUCAAGCCUUCGUGCAUACUCAGAAGAUACGAAACAGGAGAUUACAGCAAGAAGCGCUACAGCAUCUGAUUCAGCUGCUGCCAACGCCAAAUCGCGAGACCCUCUGGGCUCUUUUGAAUUUUCUUAGUGAUGUAGCAGCCAACAGUGAUGAUCGCAAAGAUGAAACGGGCGAAUGGAUACCCGGCAAUAAAAUGGAUGCUACUAAUCUGGCAACAGUUUUCGCGCCGAAUAUUCUCCACUGCGUGAAGCACGGACAGACGCGGCCUGAGGUCUCGGCGGAGCGAGCCGAGGAGAGGAUCGACGUGAUAAACGUGGUGAGAGCACUUCUGGAGCAUGCGCCGACCCUCUUCACGGUUCCGGCAGCCCUCCUGGAUGAGCUCUACCUGCACAUGAUGGACACGCACCCGGUGGACCUGGACCUGGCCCUCACGCGCCGUGCCGAGGAGCAGUGCGCCGAUGAGGUCGACCCCUGCAGCGAGGCCGAGACCUUCUCCGUGGAGGAGACCAUUGCAACGCGAAAGCUCUGGACCCGGGAGCAGUGUAUGCAUCAGACGGCCGGUGUCGGUGGUGACAUCGGACCCAGGCCACGUAGACCAAAGAGACCAGGAUCCCGACGGAAGGAAGAUCAGACUAGAAGCAACAGCGUGGACAGCGGCUCCAGCGAGGAUCCCACAGAUCCUAGGAGACGAUCUUCGCCCAUGGUCAUUACCGCCAGCCUCACGAUACCCAUGUCUGGGGCGUUCACCUUGAACCUUGAUGACCCGGAUAUACCUUAUAUCGAGGAGGCGCCUAAGCAACCUAGUGCACCGCCCAGGAGGCAAAGGCAAAGGUCCAUCUCAGGAUGUAGCGAAGGUGGUAGACAUGGGAGUGACAGCGCCGUCGGCUCCUCGGCGACACUUUCCGGUGAUCAGCCGCCCAGCUCUCCUCCUUCCUGGGCCUCGAGCCCACCUGCAAGUCCUGAUAGCGCCGUCACGGCUGUUUCCUACAUACCAGAUCAUCAUGCGGUCCUCCAGAGGGUUUCCUUUACGACCUCGAGCGAGGUUCGUCAGAUCUCCAGGUCUACUAGUCAAAGCACCUCACAAGAGACCACUUCCAAGAACCUCAGCGUCGUCGGGAACGUACCAGUGAGCAUUCUUACCAAUGCGACUUCUGCUGUAUCCACGGGUCCAUAUACUCCCAGCAUCACCAGUAUCGGGGGCGCGGUUCUCAGAUCGAAAACCGCGGACAUCGAAAGGAUGCUACAUAUCUCCAGACCGGACAAAGAAGUUAGUUCGACGGCAACAGCUUCGACAACAACGACGUCAACCUCGUCAUCCGACAAUAAGAAGUACACCAAGAGACGCUACACAGACUCGCGGCAUCAGACACGACACAUCCCCGACGCCGAGACGCUCGCAGGCACAAAAACAGCACAGCCAACAACGCCGGUACUAAGUCAAAAUCUAGUGCAAAGUAGUCAGAGGACAGGCGUCGGUGCAGCACCUGUUUGGAAGCGUCGCGAGCUUAUAUCCAGCGCGCCCAAAGACAGGGAAGGCUACUUCUAGCAUGGAGCCGGCGAGAGCGACGGAUACCCUCGCGCGAGUACCGUGUUCACCGCGAUCUUCACUGUGGUCGAAGGUCGUAGGUCAUAGGUCAAGUCAGGAAGACGACUGCCGUAAAGAUAGCCGGACAAAUAAAGUGAAACUAAAAAUCUGUGCGUGGUGGCAAACGCGGACACUCCGUUGGUUCCUAGUUUACCGUCCUUGCGUUUCCCAGCCCUUUACGAGGCAUUCCUUUUUUCUGGAUACACGUUCACAAGGCCGCGGAGGCGCACGCCAAAAGCCAAACAAGAGUUCCACUCGUUCCUGUGCUCGAGAGGGAGAGAAACAAGAAGAAGAGGAGACAAAAGAGAAGAAAAAGCCAAAAAAAUUAAUUCAAGAAGAGUGGAGUAGAAGGCAAAGCGGAUUCCUCGAUUCGAAGACGCCGUGCGUCCGAUAUUCCUCCUGGUGAGGAAGGACUCGGAGUCGUCGAGAUGUAUCGGAUCGGGCUCGAUGCCACUCGCGCUAAAGUAACACUCGUCGUUAAGUUUUUAACCUGUAAACCGAAUGAAUAAAUAUUAAUUUUCUACAAAGAUACAAAAAUCGA